CGCGCCUGCGCGCUGCGCCCGGCGGGCGUGAGGGCGGGCCGCGGCGGCGGCGGCGAAACAGCGGCCACAGAGUCUGCAACAGUAACCGAGCCAUGGCUGGAGCUGGCCAGCGGCGCGGGCAGGCAGCAGCCGCGGAAGGCGCAAGGGGUGCGUCAGGGGAGCCGGGGGCCUCACAAUUCUAGGAAGGAGAGGGACGUGAGGGGGCCGGGGGCGGGCGGGCUGGGGGCACCGCGCUCGCCCAACGGCGCGGAUCCUUUCUGGAAAUUAAUAUUUAAAAAAAAAAAAAAAGCCGAGGACGCAGAGGGGAAGGUGGGGGCAAGAGGGAAGGCGAGACACACUGAGAAGGAGACAGAGCCCCACAGUGAGAGGAAGGAAGGAAGGAAGGCAGCAGUCGCCAGCAGCCGAUGUGAAGACCGGACUGUGUGCGCCCUUCGCCGCCUCUGCCCGGCCUCAUCGAUGUUGUGUCCGCCGUCCGCUCGCCCAGAUCACGAUGAACGCGCAGCUGACCAUGGAGGCGAUCGGGGAGCUGCACGGCGUGAGCCAUGAGCCGGUGCCUGCCCCUGCUGACUUGCUGGGCGGUAGCCCCCACGCGCGAAGCUCCGUGGCGCACCGCGGCAGCCACCUGCCCCCCGCGCACCCGCGCUCGAUGGGCAUGGCGUCCUUGCUGGACGGCGGCAGCGGCAGCGGCGAUUACCACCACCACCACCGGGCCCCCGAGCACAGCCUGGCCGGCCCCCUGCACCCCACCAUGACCAUGGCCUGCGAGACUCCCCCAGGUAUGAGCAUGCCCACCACCUACACCACCUUAACCCCUCUGCAGCCGCUGCCGCCCAUCUCCACCGUCUCGGACAAGUUCCCCCACCAUCACCACCACCACCACCACCACCACCACCCGCACCACCACCAGCGCCUGGCAGGCAAUGUGAGCGGUAGCUUCACGCUCAUGCGGGACGAGCGCGGGCUGGCCUCCAUGAAUAACCUCUAUACCCCCUAUCACAAGGACGUGGCCGGCAUGGGCCAGAGCCUCUCUCCCCUCUCCGGCUCCGGUCUGGGCGGCAUCCACAACUCCCAGCAAGGUCUCCCCCACUAUGCCCACCCGGGCGCCGCCAUGCCCACCGACAAGAUGCUCACCCCCAAUGGCUUCGAAGCCCACCACCCGGCCAUGCUCGGCCGUCACGGGGAGCAGCACCUCACGCCCACCUCGGCCGGCAUGGUUCCCAUCAACGGCCUUCCUCCACACCACCCACACGCCCACCUGAACGCCCAGGGCCACGGGCAACUCCUGGGCACGGCCCGGGAGCCCAACCCUUCGGUAACCGGUGCGCAGGUCAGCAAUGGAAGUAAUUCAGGGCAGAUGGAAGAGAUCAAUACCAAAGAGGUGGCGCAGCGUAUCACCACCGAGCUUAAGCGCUACAGCAUACCACAGGCCAUCUUCGCGCAGAGGGUGCUCUGUCGCUCCCAAGGGACCCUCUCGGACCUGCUGCGCAACCCCAAACCCUGGAGCAAACUCAAAUCCGGCCGGGAGACCUUCCGGAGGAUGUGGAAGUGGCUGCAGGAGCCGGAGUUCCAGCGCAUGUCUGCGCUCCGCUUAGCAGCAUGCAAAAGGAAAGAGCAAGAACACGGGAAAGAUAGAGGCAACACACCCAAAAAGCCCAGGUUGGUCUUCACAGAUGUCCAGCGUCGAACUCUACACGCAAUAUUCAAGGAAAAUAAGCGUCCAUCCAAAGAAUUGCAAAUCACCAUUUCCCAGCAGCUGGGGUUGGAGCUGAGCACCGUCAGCAACUUCUUCAUGAACGCAAGGAGGAGGAGUCUGGACAAGUGGCAGGACGAGGGCAGCUCCAAUUCGGGCAACUCAUCUUCUUCAUCAAGCACUUGUACCAAAGCAUGAAGGAAUAACCACAAACUGAAACCUCGGUGGAAAAGCUUUAAAUGAAAAAAAAAAAUUUUUUAAAGACCAGGACCUCAAGAUAGCAGGUUUAUACUUAGAAAUAUUUGAAGAAAAAAAAAAGUGUUAUUUAUAGUCCAAAGAAACCAAAGACUUAGCUCACCUGCAUUCGGACAUUGUUUGGAGACACACACUUCAGCCAGGUGAUGACUUGGCAAGAAAAAUUACUAGCGGGAAGACACCACUGGAUCUUACAGCUUUAGUCCAUGAUCAUCCUCGCUGUGCUUGGCUGUUUCGUGGUGUGGAGCAUAGUGAUUUUGAGCCAUUGAGUGGACAUCUUUAAGAUCAGACUUUCUCAUCCACUCCACUGCGCCACGACGGUGUAUGGUGUCUCAGUACUGUGUGUGGGUAUGUGCAUGAAUAUACACACAUACACACACACACCACCACCACCUCCACCACCACCACCAUCACCACCACCACCUCCACCACCACCAGUGGUUAGGGACUUAGGCAGGGCUGGUCUUCAGGAAGGGUUGUGCUAUAGGAGUGCAACCAACAUAGUGUGGGGUUGUCUGAGUUCAUUGGCUUAGGAGUGUGAUUUUGCUCGUCUAGCCUAGCGUUUGAACCUGCAGGCCCGCGACCUAAAUGCAGAUUCAAACUCAGCAAAGAAAUUUGAAUGACACCUAAACCAGUGCAUUCUCUUUGUUUGUUAAGGACUGUUCAGAUAUUUUUUAAGAAAUGAAACAAGAGUCCAUCCAUUAAAAAACAAAAUCACCUAGGUACGAAAGAACACAAUAUUAUAGUGCAGGUAUUUUAUUGCAAUGAUUUUAAUAACCAAAGCUAUUUUUACACAAGAUACUAUGUAAAGUUAUACGUAUGAACUGAUCUAGCUGUAAUACACAUACCACGUAGAAUCAUGACUAUUAUUUAUGACUCCUGAAGCAUUUGAAAUAUUACUUUGCAAAACUGGCAAGAAAGAAUGUAGCUUCAGGGAAGCAAUAUCAUAACAGAGAGGUCAAUGCAGUAUACAUAUACAUCCAGAUGGCUCCCUCCCUUUUCGGGAUCCAUAAAUGUCACUUAAGUAAACACAUAGACAUGAUUCCAUGGUCUGUUCAUAGCUGAGAAAACCUAGGGAUUCUUCUGAAGUAGGACUGAUUUGUAAACUCAGAAAACUAAGUUUAACAGGAGAGUUAACUAAAUUAGAAAAUUCGUUCAAAGUAAUGCUCUUUAGUAAAAGGCCACUGAAUAAAGGACCCCAUACUUAGGUUAAUUCGACUUAAGUUUGCUUUAUGCAUUUGACACCAAAUACCUAUUUGAAAUACUUUACAAACACACAAAGUAAGCAGACCGACAUUAUUAUUAAAAUGAACUAUGCAGUUCAUUAUAUCCUGAAAAUAUAAUCAACUGAUUUUAUUGCCAACCCCAGACAUUUUGUGACUUGGACACCAAUAAAAAUAGCAAGUGCAACAGAGAAAUGGUGGAACUGCAUAGAAAAAGCAAGAGCUCUAGUGGAAGACAAGACCUUGGGUUCCAUAGGUAUUAAGCUAUUUAUUUCACUAAGCAUAGCCUCUAAAGAAUACUACAUUCUUUCUUGCUACUACAUUAAGCUGGAAAUUUUAUAACAUAGAUUCCACUCUCUAACAGGGACAGAUUAAAAACUAGACCUGAACUUACAAAUAGAAAAUUUUAAAUUUCUAUUUUUCCAAAUCACUUAACCAGGGCUAUAGAAAUCAAGGCAAAAAUAAUAAUAAUAAUAAUAGUAGUACAGUUGUUCUGGUAGUACCCAAGUGAAAUGCUUGAUUCCCAGGAAAAUUCUCUCUGGAUUCAGUUGAACUGUAACUCACGUAAGUAGAUGCCUUUUGUACUAAUAGGUAAAGAAUUGGGUACUCUUAAUCACCACACCUAACUAGAAGUAUAAAAUUAAAUAUUAUCUCAACAGUAAGCUGUUUAUUGAGAUUUGUUAAAAUGCUAAAGAAAAAAAUUAAACUAUUUUGACACAAAACCUAACUCCUUAGGAUCAAAUCUCAGCAUCUUGUCCAGGUCUAGAAGCAGCAGGCACCUGGAGAGAUGAGGCUAAACCCACAGGCCAUCUGUGUCUCCUUCAUGUCUGCUGUGGGAUGAGAAAAGGAAACCAAGACAUACUUCUCCUUUGAUGAAAUAGUGCAUUUGCCUUGACACAUUUUGUCUUAGUAUUAUUUUUAAUCUCGCCCCAAAUUCCAUCUUUAAAUUUUCCCUUCUAAAUAUGGCACAAUUAUAGUUCAGCUAUUAAAAGAGAUCAUUUAAAUGGCCACCCUUCGAGAUUUGCUAAAAAUGUAAUCUUGUCAAUGACAUAAAUGAAAAAGAAAAAAACUGAUGAACUUUUUCUCUCUCUCCAGGAAAGGAAGGGGCCAGGGUACAGCUGUAUAAUGUAUUUAUCUUGUAGGAGGGAGGAAAGCCUUAUUUAUUUAAAACAUGAGCAUUUUAAAUGCAGGGAAAUUCAAGUUGUGUCUACACACAAUCUUACCAAAUUCAAUACCCCAGGAAAAACAAAAGUUGAAUUCAGACAACCAUGUCUUUUGCUUUGUUUUUCCUAUAUAACCCCCUCAGAUUAAUCUGUGAUUUACAUUUUCAACCAAUUAUUUUGGUACUGUGUAGACACAGUCUCAAAGAAUAUUGCUACAUUUUUAAUAUUCCCACCAUAAUGUGUUUUUUUUUUUUUGGCUCCGCCUCCCAGAAUUCAGGAUCUUAGUUCCCCAACCAGGGAUCAAACCCGUGCCCCCCGCAGUGGAAGCAUGGAGUCCCAACCACUGGACCACCAGGGAAGUCCCCAUAAUGUUUUUCUUUCUUUUUGAAAAAUAACCAGUGAUCCUACUUGCUAACACCAAAGAUAAUUUUCAUACCAGCAUUGAAUUUGCACCCAUUAUGCAACUUCAGGGCCUAGAGAUCUAUUUUCUCAUAAACAGAUGCACAAAUCAGAGCCUGAAAAGCAGUUUUUUUUACUUGACUGUUUAAGCAUACAACCUUUGCUUUUUAGAAAUCCUAGUGGACAAACUCAGCUUCUCACAAGCAAUACAUGUAUUACAUCAUGUAUGAGUGACUCUUUAUUGCUUCUGACUUGGCACAUAGAAAAUGCUUCUAUUCUUGUUUAGUCUAGCGUUAAUUUAUGACUCAGGUUUCUUCACCUACCACACUCUACAGAGCAGAUCCCGUGCCAUUUGUUCAUGCAUCGUUUCUCAAUCCUUUAGCAAAAUUCACCUCAAAAGAUAUCUCACUCUUUUCUUUGUAUGCCUGUUUAUUCCAAAACUGCACUCCAAAUAACACAUUUUGGGUUUUUUUGGUAGAAUGGAAGUUAGACUGGUUUGGGCCAUAAAUCAUUCAGGUCCUCUCAUGACUGGAAGCUUCCCUGAAAGGGGGCCAAGAGAAAGAGUGGGAGGUGUGAUGUCUGGACAUUCCAAAAGCCCAGACAUCAGUAAAUGUUCAGGUAAAAGGAUUCUGCAUGUCAGACACUGAGUAUUCCAGUUCCUGGGUGCAGCUGGAACAGACCCCCAAACCCAAAGAAAAUGUGUGGGGAAAUUUAGAAGUUCUAACUGAACAUGUCACUCACUCUGCCCCUCAAAAGCAUAAUUUUCCAGGAAAAAAAGUAAAAUCUUUGUGCUGUUUUUGGAUUCAUGCCACUCCCAUUGCUACCCCAGGUGAACAACCGGUCUUUGCAGGUUAAAUGCAAACUUUGCUAUACCAAAGAGUCCUAGGACAUUUUCACAUGAGCUAUAAAGGCAUUUUCCCUAAGAAAGGUUCUCCCUUCUUUGUACAUAAAGGAUGAAAACUAUGCAUUUAGCAAACAAAGAGAAAGCACUUCUCCCUUUCCUAUCUAGUUGUUUAGGGUGCGUUCAAACACCAGAGGCCGUUUUGAGAUGCGACUGGCCUUCUGGAUUAUUCUUGUGGUGUGGUUAGCUUUACAGUACAUUUGGUAACUAUUUCCUGAAUAGUAAGGACAAAGAAGCAGAAGGUAAGAAAUAGCUACUUCCAUGUGUAUUAAAAAAAAAAAAAAAAGUGUAAAGAUCUACUAUUUAUAGUGUGAACCAAAGACGCUACCUCACUCGAUUUCCAUUGGUGAUUUUAAUCACAUUGAUGAUACCAAAGAAUACCAAAGAUAUUUUCAUGCACGGCCUUGGUCUGCAGAGGGAACUCCGCCCCUUCUCCUCCCCCCGCCUCUUCUCCCCGCCUCACUCUUCACUCAGUGUGUAAUCUUGUCUUCAUUCUUAAUAAUAAUAAUACGAUAAUGAUAACAACAACGUUAGGAGAUACUACUCUUAUUACUGGUAGCUCUACUUGUAAAUCUCUAGGCAAACAUGUUGCAACCUUUGUAAACUCCUAGGACGAGUGCCUUGCUUGAACCAAAGUGUUAAACCGCUGUUGACCUCUCUCACCUUAUACUCUUUGAAUACCUCAGCCUCUUAGAAAGGCCACUAAUGAAAAAAAAAAAAAAAAGGAAUAAUUAUUCACCGUGGUGCUUUUUCCGUGCAACCAUGCAAUGAAACUUUCUUUGAUACCAAAGGAUGACUUUUUUUUCCCCCAAUUUCUUGCUGAUAGACCAAAGCUCCUCCUCCUUGCUCCCUCUCAGAGUUCCCCCCACUUCACCGAGUCCCUUCGCCAGGCAGGCCGUGCAUCACUUUUACCAAUUCCUCCAAAUACCUCAUAGUAAGAAAGUUUUAGGGUUAUGUUGUAUAGAGAGUCUAUGUGAUAAGGCAGAACUCACUAGUUUGAUAACUGUUAAGGUUACUUUUAAAAAAACUUUAUAAUUCUUAUUUAUUUUGUAGUUUGUAUGUUGGGGAUGUCCCCCGCCCCCCACUUCGGUUUGGGGUUUAUUUUCUCAGAAGAACUGCUCUGUUGCUCAAGGAAGACUUAAUUUCUGGAAAUGUUCCCCAGGUGGGUUAAGGGUUGUGUAAAAAUGCAAGAAUGGAAUAAGAAAUGAUUUUCAUUUUGAUGGUUACUUAUGAAGUUUUGUGUUUCGUAGUAAAUUUGUUUCCACAGGGUAAAAAAAGUAUGUAUAAUCUCUUUUUUGUGAAACUGGUUCCUAUUUUUCUCUAUAAUGUGCUGUGAUUUUUUUUAAUUUAAAUUACACUUUAUAUGAGCUUAUUUAAUCACUGCAUUAAUUUAUGACUGUGUUGUUUUUAAAAUGUAUAUAGUAGAAUGGAAAUGGCCAAAGCUUUACGUUACAAUCUUUUUGUUCUCGAUGCUAAGAUAAGCUGAAGGCAAGAGCUUCUCUUAACUGCAGGGUGUAUCUUUAGCUCUUCUUAGCAGGCACUUCAAUGUGUGUUGUGAACACUGCCAGGCCCCCCCCUCAAAAAAUUUGUACAUGCCAAAAUGGGUGUUUUGAGGUAGUCUUUUUUUUUUUGUCACUUAGAAGAAAGGCAUUAUUCUUGUUCUUCCUUUAAUUUAUUAAGUUUUUUUUUUUU